GGCUUUAGCCAUCCGUAAACAUUUUGUACACGUUUAUAUAGAAAAGAUAAUUACUUCAUAGUCAAAUAUGCAAUGAAUUCACGAUUUUUAAGCGAGAAGCACUUGUAAGUCGGGUAGAUUCCUACUAAUUAAGAAGGAUUAAUUUUGUGUUUAUAUUAAAAAAUAUUAUAAGUAAGUAAAACUUUCUGAUUCGAAGUGAUACUGAACGUGGAAAUUACAUGAGGAAGAUAACUUUAUCUUAUAUUUAAAAUAGCAGACGACAAUUAUAUUUUGACGACUUGACCAGCAGACGACAACAUGGGUGAAUCGGUGCAGCUUCUGAAAAUGAAGCAGUACGCAUUAAAUAGACUUUCGAGUCGUGAGGAAUUUACUGUAACAAACGCUUCCAUUAAUAGUAAUGGUCAAACAUACGAAAACUUAAAGAGUCGGGGUGAAAGGUCAACGUACGAAACCUUAAAGAUUCAGGGUGAAAAGUCACCAACGUCACAUUCAACAACCAAUCAGAACAACGGAUUUAUAGGGAAUAAAGAAUAUGGUGACUGGGAUAGUACCUUAUCACCGACUCGUGAGGACGAAUCCCACUCUGCCCCUUCAACCUUACCCCGACAACAAGCAAGGAGCAGACCAAGUGGAACGAAACCCGCACAAAAAUUUAUUCCCGAGCACGAAAUAGAUAUUCCAGCAGACGGAAGUUUACGAGAUUUCAGCGCAGACGACAUGUCUACAUUUCUAAGAUAUAUGGGAGUAGAAGAACGAAUUGUAACACAUACGCACAAAAAAGGACUUGAUGGACAUAAGUUCUCAAAACUCAAAGACUCCGACCUUGAAGCUUUAAGUAUGAAAAAUCCAAUCAUUUGCCACUUCCGGGAUAAAAGUGGGUCAAAAGAAAAAAGGCGGGAAAAAGAAGGGCCGCCCAUUUAUGUUUGUGAAAAAUUAAGCAUCUAUUAA